AUGACAUACAGCGUGCUCGGUGAAGAUCCGGGUGAGUUACCCGAGGGACUUCAUUACGAAUUCCAUUUCAGGCGGAAGCUUCUGGAGCCGUCGGAGGAUAUGAUUAAGACUAUACUAGAUGGUGGAGAGACUGUUCAUGCAAAGGUGUUCGAUGAGGCCGGCUAUGAGUACAGCUGGGAUAUGGGUCAAGAAUGGGAAGCGAAGCCUUGUCGCAAUCCUGCCCCUCGCCAGCGCAUACGAUACGAUGAUGGCCACAUAUACUGGGUCAUGGCAGACUUGGAAGAGGCCUGA